UAUUUGUUUACUUAUUUUUUGUUUCUCGCUCGGUAGCCUUUUUAUUGCUUGUUGGGUGGUUUUGGUUGCUGAUUCUGAAGUUUUCCUUCUUUCAUUGUUUGUUUAAGAGAUUGUUUUCUUAGCUUUCACAAUGACCUUGCUUGAUGUAGUAACAAAGGCCUCAGAUAAUAUUGAGCCACGCAGUUCCCAAGCAGACCACCCCAUAGUUCUAAACCCAGAUGACAUUUUCCUCAAAUUAAAGCCUGACGUUGAAAACCCAAAUCCCACAUCACUUGUAAGUCCCCUUUCAGGAUGGGCAAUCUCCCCAACUGACGCUAAACUCAUUGACUUGAGCAAAAAGUUCUUUACCAAGUUAAAUAGGAAACUCAAAGACAUCCAUAACUUUAAUAAACAAGAAUUUCUUGAAUUAUUGAAUCCAUUUCUUGAGAAAAUUAAGGAGAAAGGUGGAAUUUUUAUUGGGGUUGAUUCAAAUGAUAGUAGGUAUACUUCGGUUUUGAUUGAAAAAGUUGGGUUUUUGAUGGGCAGAGAUGUGUUGAGUUUAAUUUUGGAAGCUUGCACUAGUUUAGAGGUUUGGGAAUUGCUGGAGGCUUUGAUUGUUAAUGGACUUGUUGAUCAUUCUUGUUAUUCAAAUUUGAUUAUUAAUGUUGCUGCGAAGAAGAAGUUGGAUUUGCUUUGUCUUUCUGUUAAACAUGCUCACCAUCUGGGUUCAUCUGAGUUGCUUUGCAUAUUGAAGUACUUUCUAUGUCCGCCUAAAGAUUGUAAUUUUAGCAUGGUUAACGUGAGGAAGGAGUGGGAAAGUCAAGCUUUGCUAGCUAUUGAGAAGGCAAGAAUUGGGAAAAAGUCACGUUUGGCCAAGGAAGCUUCUAUUUUGCUUAUGGUUGCACAUGAUGGGUUUUCAGAUGCUGAGCUUUGUUUGCAUUAUUUGUUAGCAUCAAAUAACGUUGAUGAAGUGGUGUUGUCGUCUUCGCUUGGUAAGUUAAGUGGUAAAGAGAAGAUGAAUUUAAUUCGGUAUUUGGGAAAGUGGUUGAGAAAGUAUGAGAGGUUUCCUCAAGCCAUUCCAUGCCCUAAGGCUUCUUCUGCUUUGGGGCUGAAGGCUUGUGAUUGGGUUCCUAAGCUUGAAGAUGUUGUGAAAUGUCUUGGGUUUGUUUUAGAUGAGAAUUUCUCUUCAUUGAUGCUGCAUCCAGAGUUCCAUGAAGAACUUAAAUCUAUAGAGGGAGUGGUUAGUUCCCUAGCCUUUGAAGCAAGAUUCGGUUCUUUGAUGGCCAAUGUAAUUGAGAAGUUGAGAGCUGGAGAUGUGCAGAGCUAGGAAUUCUGGUGAUGUCGUGUUGACACUCUUGUCAUCUGCACUGCUGUUCUAAUCUAUUUGUGUCAAUGUGACACGUGUUUCUUUGGGAUUGAAUCAAAGUUACUUUUUACUAUUUCUAUCCAGCAUAUAUUUAACCUGUAAGAGCUUAUGUUUGCUUAUAUCUUUGAUAUCAUAAAACUGUCUACCAUUAAGUUGAAAAUC